UAAAUCGAGUAUGUCAAAUCGGCAUUCUGAGGAAAGCAGAUCGUUUAUAACGUUUUUCCGUGCAAUUUCCCAGGGACCGGUCUGCGUUCUAGUGUUCGCCAUUAAGUUAUUUCCACACUCACCAAACGCACAAAAUGGCGCAAGUGAAAUACGAACCGCUCGAGGACGACAUAGACGACAUCGACACAAGCAUGCGGCACCUCAUCGAGCAGGCCGAUUGGUUUCUGGACAGCUUACGAAGCCGGCCAUCGUACAACAACAGUAGCAGCAGUGCCAACGAAAGCAACGCUAGCAGCAGCCGGGAAAGUGCACAGACCAGCAGCAGCAGUACCGCACAGCCAGAGCAAGGCAGCACCACUACCACCAUGGGUUCAGCAGUAUCGUCGGUGAACCAAGAUGAGCCAAGUAACGACAGUUCCGGUAGCGAUACUACCAUACUGUGCAGCCACGACGAGCUGAUGCCCGACGCCUCGACACCCAUCCCGCUGGUCGACGAUUCUUUUGCGCAGGAAGUAAUCGUAAUAGGCACGCCAGCGAUCGAACCCAGAACCAGCCAGCUGCGUGCCCGUCGCCGUGCACGACGCGCCCUUAACCGUGACACAUCCGUGAUCGAUCUGUCGAACUAUCAGGAACCGGAACCUGUUGUGAUAAUCUCAUCGGACGAGGAAGACAAUAUCGCGCCGAGCACGGUGCAAACGUCCUUUCCAGUGCCAAUCCCUCAACCACUUCCCUCUGGCAGCUGGAGUUCGUUUACGGUCGGCGGUUUGGCCGUCUCCGUCCAUACGUCGCCUACCCAAAACAUUUCGGUUGCGCUUUCCAGACAUCUUGCCGACGACUCUAGUGUUGAGGUCAGCAUGCUAGAAUCAAGGCCGGCGCCCGUAACAGCAACGCAACCCGCCCGCCGCCCAGCGCCACCUUCUGCAUCACCAGCACCGAAUACGAAUCUCAACGAAACGCGCACUUCCCGAGGUGUGGACAUUAUCUGCCCGAUCUGUUACGAAACGCUCGCCAACCGGCAGGCCCUUUCAACGGCCUGCGGGCACGUGUUCUGUGCCGUGUGUCUCCGUCGAUCGCUGAAGCUUGCCAAAAAGUGUCCAGUCUGCAAGAAAGGCUUGACGAAAGCGAACGGGAUGCAUCCGGUUUAUUUUGCUACGGAAUGAGGCUACACGGUUUCCAGAUUUUUUUGUUACGUUUUAUGCCCCAUUUAAAUUAUCUUACGAUGGCAGUUACGCUUUUCUGUGCACUCAAGUAUUGACAAGAAGAACGCGAAUAGAAUAAUGUAAAUAUGUAACGAGGCUGAGCCGCGAGCGAUAUGAAUAUUAUGAGAGCAGGAAUUGUUGAGGUGCCAAAUAAAAUGUUACUACAGACGAUCAACCGUACGACGUA